UCUAGAUUUCCUAUAUAUUAAUUGUGUCUUCCUACUAUUUCAAUCAAAAUCCAAUAACCAUCUUUCGUAUUGUUAAACGUCGCUGUUUUCCUCAUUCCCAGCCUAAUAACCUAUAACCUAUAACCCCAACUACAACAAUGUCGAGCCAACCGCCAUCACGAGAACUCUUCGUCUUCAAUGAAGGCAAGACUUUCAUCGAAAAUAUCGCUGUUCGUACAGACGGCACCCUUCUAUUGAGUACAUUCGAAAACGGCCGUCUAUACUCGCUGGAUCCAAGUGCUGCUACCCCAAAGGUCGAACUAGUCGCCGAGUUCCCCGGCGCCGACGGAAUAACUGGCGUCGUCGCAAAUUCGCCUGACGUCUUCACUGUUACCGGUGGUGAACACAGGCCAUUUCGGUUUACAUUGGGGUCUAUGAAGGUCUACACCGUUUCCUUCCAGGGGCCCGGCCAGCCUGCGGUUGUGAAGACGGUAGCAGAGGUACCCGACACCGAGAUGCUCAACGGCAUUGCCGCCCUCCCCUCUCGACCUCACGUCGUCUUGAGCGCCGACUCGGUCAGGGGCCGGAUCUUCCGCAUCGACACUACCACUGGCGCUGUAGAUGUUGCCUUUUCUGACCCAAUCCUGGAGCCAGACGAGGCAGUUCCAUUAGGUGUUAAUGGAAUUAAAAUCUUUGGACCGCAUCUCUACUUUGCGAAUUCCGCGAAGGGGUAUUUCGGCCGUAUACCCAUCGGACCAGACGGUAGCAAAGCAGGAGAUUUCGAGGUCAUUGCCCACGUACCCGGAACGAUAAGCCCGAAUAACGCGUAUGACGACUUCGACAUAGCACAGCCAGCUGGCGGGAAUCCCACCGCCUAUGUCACCGCCCAUACGAAUAAGAUCUAUUCGAUCGACCUAGUAACUGGCGAGCAGAAGCUUUUCUUCGGCGGAGGUGACAGCACUGCUCUCGUACACCCGACGAGCGUUGCCGUGACCAAGGAUGGCAAGGGGAUUUACGUUGUUACCGCAGGAUUCGAAAGUCUAGGCGGACUCGCCAAGGGACAGGUUGUAGAGAUUCCAAUCUAGCAAACGCCGGAAAUGAUAAGGGGCUAAGCUAAACUGGAGAUUAUUAUUAUUCUUAUUAUUAUCCAAC